UUUUUUCUAGAUCUCUUUUAUUACUUGUAAUAAAGAUUUAUAAAUAAUACAUUUGGCUUUUCUCUUUCAUUACCUCCACCUGGUGAAAUUUGAACCCUUUUGGCCUCUCUGUUUCUCUCUCUAGAUUUUGUAGUUUUUGAGUUGAGAAGGAGAGAGUGAAAAUGGGAAAAGCUGCAAGAUGGUUUAGAGGGUUGUUGGGUAUGAAGAAAGACAAAGAAAAUGCGGAUAAUAUGAGUCCUCGUGAUAGAAAAGAGAAGAAAAGAUGGAGCUUUGGAAAACCCAUGAAGGAAUCUCCGGCGGCAGCGGUGGCCGCUAAUAGUAAUUCAUCGUUAACAACUGAUCCCACUUGGUUGAGAUCUUACAUGUCUGCAUCAGAGAAAGAACAAAACAAACAUGCAAUUGCUGUUGCUGCUGCCACCGCAGCCGCAGCAGACGCCGCGGUGGCCGCUGCACAGGCUGCGGUGGCCGUCGUGAGGCUCACAAGCCAUGGUAGAGGAACUCUAUUUGGUGGUGGUAGAGAAAGAUGGGCUGCAGUCAAGAUUCAAACGGUCUUCAGAGCUCAUUUGGCAAGAAAGGCUCUAAGAGCUCUAAGAGGACUAGUGAAAUUACAGGCUCUUGUUAGAGGGUUUCUUGUUAGGAAAAGAGCAGCAGCCACUCUAUACAGUAUGCAAGCUCUCCUUAGAGCUCAGACCGCAGUUCGGUCCCAAAGGGCUCGUCGGUCCUUCAGAAAUCAUCACCGGAUUCAACCUGAAACCUGUCGCCGCAAAUCCACUGAGAGGUUUGAUCACGAGACAAGAAGUGAAUUCCAUAGCAAGAGACUCUCGACUUCAUACGAAUCCACAACAAAUUCAUACGACGAGAGCCCAAAAAUAGUCGAAAUCGACACGUACCGGCCACACGCAAGAUCCAGACGUAUUCACACAUGUACGACCGAUUCUAGUGAGGAAUCACAUUACUACCACAAUACGUCAUCUCCCUUGCCAAACCGCAUCCCGGUUCCCGAAUCCCGCUACUUUCAGGAUUCCGAAUGGGGAUAUAUCGGUGAUAACGAAUACAAAGUCUCAAACACGACUCAAAGCACCCCUCGUUUCGGUCACUCAGGCCGGUCAACCGUGGCUCCGGCCACACCGACGAAAAGCGUAUGUGGGGACGGGUGUUAUUCGAACCAUCCAAGUUACAUGGGGAACACGAAAUCGUUCUCGGCAAAAAAACGAUCGCAAAGCGCUCCGAAGCAACGGCCAGAAAGCGGGGUUAAGACGAGGUUAUCUUUGAUUGAAAUAAUGGCAUCAAGAAGCAGUUUAAGUGGCGUGAGGAUGCAAAGGUCUUGUUCUAAAGCUCAAGAAGCUAUAAACUUAUGAAGAAUGGUUUUGUUGUUCCCUUUGUGUUUGAUAAGGAAUUUAAGGGUAUUUAUUUCUGUUAGUAUAUCAUCUCCAAAUCAACUGUACUUUAUUUUCAAGGCCAA